AUGAAUAAUGAUUCAAUUCAAACAAUUGAUAAUGAAUAUGAAUCAAAAGAAUUAGAUGACAGCUCGUCACUGUUGAACACACAAACUCAAACUAGCAAAAUACGAAAGAAGAAACGAAGAAAGAAAAAGAAGAAGUUAAAUAUGAAUGAAAACAAUGAAGAAUCUUAUUAUAAUGGUGAAUUAUUAGUACAUACUUAUAAUACUUUACCACAAUCUGUACAAAAAUUUUGGAAUAGAAGACAUGAAUUAUUUUCAAAAUUUAAUGAUGGUAUUUUCCUUUCUGAAGAAUUAUGGUAUAGUGUCACCCCAGAACUAGUUGCAAAAUAUAUUGCUCAAUUAUUUGUUAAAAUUUUACCAUCAGAAGCUAAUUGUGGAUUAGAUGUUUGUUGUGGAGGAGGUGGAAAUACAAUACAAUUUGCUAAUUUUUUUGAUUCCGUUGGAGCAAUUGAUAUAAAUCCUGUAAAUUUAUAUUGUACAGAACAUAAUUCAAAAGUUUAUGGAGUUGAAGAUAAUAUUUGGAGUUUAUGUGCUGAUUGGGCAGAAAUUACAAAACCAAAACAAGAUGGACUGAUAAAUUAUGAUUGGAUUCCAGAAAAUGUGAAAAAAUUACGGAAAGAAUCAUCUCAAGAUCAAACAUUUGAUUUUAUAUUUAGUUCUCCUCCAUGGGGUGGUACAAAUUAUAAUAAAAAUGAAUUUAAUUUAUAUAAUAUGGAACCUUUUAAUAUUUUGGAUUUAUUAAAUUCAAUGACUAAAUAUUCAAAAAAUAUUGGAUUAUUUUUACCAAAACUGUCAAAUUUAAUGCAAUUAAGUAUGGCUACAAGAGAAGUUUAUGGAGAUUAUAAAAAAUGUAGAGCAGUAUAUAUAAAUUCAAGAGGUAGAUCUGUUGCUUUACUUGCUUUAUUUGGUGAUGUUUUUACUGCAAGGUUUGAUGAGUUGGAUGAUAUUAGUGAAGAAGCUUUAUUAGGAGAAGAUAAUGGUUUGGGACAUGGAAUGGAAUUACAAGAAGAUGUGGCGAAUGGUGAUAAUGAUGUAGAUGAUAGUGAGUCAGACAAUUUAGAAUAA